UAGUUUCCAGCGUAAAGUGGAGAUGUUUCACGAGGGGAUGCAGAGUGGCAUGUUCGGAGACAACGAGGACGGAUACGUGUCCAAAACCAUCGCGCUGGUCAACUGCUGCCCUCCCUUCAGGGGCUUCGUGCAGCGCUGUGCUCAAUGCGAUCCCUCCGUCAGCGAAGACUCUCUGAGGCGAGCCAACAAAGCUCUGGAUCACAUCGUUCAGCUGGGGGUCCGGGUGCUGUCCGAACGCCUGUACCUGCACAUCAGGCCGUUCUUCGAGCGCCUGGUGAAGAGGAAGUGGCUGAGCAACACGGAGCCGUACGAGCAGAUCGAGGCUCUCAUCAAGGAACAUUUCAAGAAGUACCACCGGAUGGACAGUCCUCCCUACCAGCUGCUGGUGGCCGAGGUGCACCGGCGCGUGGUGAUGGAGUAUCUGCGCUCCGUCAUGAGAGGAAGAAUCAUCUGCACCUCCAUGAAGAUGAGGAAGAGGAUGGCAGGCCGCCUGCGAGACGAAGGCAAACAGAUCAAAGUCCUCUUCAAAGACCUG